UCUUAGUCUAAACGCGUCGCUUGCGUUUGUCAGUUGUGCCUGAGCUUGUGCCAGUGUCAGUCAGUCAAGAGCUUUACGUUCCAAGUUUCGAAUUUGCACUCCCCAACAAACAAUACGAUUAAAACACAAUAAUAAUAAAUAAAACUACAUUAAUAAAUAAAGCUGGCUGAUUAAUUUAGUGGUUGUGAACCUUUUUGUAGUUCUUUUCGAAACGUGCAAAAAAUAAUUCCAAAAUAAAUAACAAAAUAAAAACAAGAAUAAAUUGUAUUUUUGUAAUAGACUUUCACAACAGAAAAGGUUUCACCCAACAAAGCCACAAUCAAAGUGCAAAUAACAAACUCAAACAAAGUACAUAAAAAAGUUAUUGUGUGUGUGUGUGCAAGUGUGUGUGUGUGUGCGUGAAGAAACGGGAGAGUGUGUGAGUGACAUUGUUGUUGUUGCUGUAGCAAUUGAUUAAACAACAGCUAGUGCCUAGUCUGGUUACCUAGGCCAACUCGAAGCACAGAGACCAAGCAACAGAGUCUAAGCCAACAACAAGAAGAAGACAGAAGACAGAUAGACAGACAGAUAGACAGAAAGAGAGACUCAACAAUGGGCUGCAACACAAGUCAGGAGCUGAAGACAAAGGAUGGCGCCGCCAUCGAUGCGGUCAGCAACGGCGAACCGGAGCCAAGUGCUCCGCAAUUGGAGCUGGCGGAUGGCGGCGGAUCAAAAUCCUCCUCAAACAAUCAUACAAAUCACGCCAAAUCAAAUUCAAUUAUCUCCAAUGGCGAUGCGAAGUCGACGGCGGCAACGGCGACGGCGACAGCAACAAAUGGCCUCGACCGUUCGUGCGAUAAGACGGAAAUCACAGAACUCAACGACGAUGUCGAGGACGAAGCAAAAGCCGCAACAAAAAUUCAAGCCGUUUUUCGAGGCCACAAAGUGAGAGAAACCAUGAAAAAGUCGGAAACUAAAACUGCAACCAACAAUGGCAGCGCCAUUGCCGCCAAUGCUGCCUCGGCAGCUGCCGCAGAGGCAGCUUCAUCAUCAGCGGAGCCCACCAAAGCGGAGCUCGAGGCUGAAUUCGAUCCGAACGACAAAGAGCUGUGCCAUGCUGCUCUUAAGAUUCAGUCCACUUUCCGUGGCCAUUUGGCACGCAAACUUGUGAACAAGGAUGCGCCCGAGGACGAGGAUAUCCAGGAGAUAACCAAGAAGGUGGCCGAGGAACUGGACAUCGAUCUGACCGAUCCGGAAUUGAACAAGGCGGCUACCAAGAUUCAAGCCUCGUUCCGCGGCCACAAGACUCGCAAAGACGCCAAUCCCGAAUAAACCGAGCAUUAAACACACUUUGAAUUUGUUGGUGUCGGCUGUCAAGGCAGUCAACUAAAAAAAAAUAAAUAAAUAAAUACAUUUAUAGAAUGAAAAAAAACAAACAAAAAAAGGAAAUUUGGUAAAAUGUAACUGUGCAAAAGCCAUUGAAGAAGCCUGCACUCGUGUAAACUUUUUAGUAAAUAUGUUAAUUAAUUACAAAUAAUAUUUAUGAGGAGCAAAAAUUGUCAUUAUUAUGAAAAACAAAUAUGAAUUCAUUAAUUUAUAAGCAAUACAAAAAAAGUUAAUAGCAAAACGCUUGAGGUAUUAUCAUUUUUCAUAAUUUUAAGGAUAUUCUCGAAAUCUUAGAAGAAAUUAGACAACUUCAGCUGGAAUGGAAAUCUUAAGUGGAAUGAGUUAAAAAAUCAAUUCAUUUCAAUGCGAUGCGUAAGCCCGACCCGAGCCAAUUAUUAGCUAAAAAAAUUACUGUAGGCAUAAAUGAACGUUUCUGCAAUUCUUUUACUUUAUUCACACACAGCUAAGAGUUUCAUUCUUCCAAAUAAUACAGCAAAUUUUGAAGAGUUUUUUAUUCAAUGCUUCUUGUUAAAUGUUUUGGAAUACUUCUUCUUGAAACUUUUUAAAAUAACCUUAAAAAGUCUGUUGUGUUGCUACAUAUUAAAAAAUAUAAUACAUUUUAUUUCAAAUAACUCAAAAGUAAAUAAACUCAAUCUUUGAUAAAUAACAAAUCCUUAAAAACACAAAUAAUGGCAAAGCAGUUUUAAAAAGCAAUUUGCAAUUGCAUGUUAAAAAGGCACGAUGUUCCAAAAUUUAUUGUAGGGCAAACAAUAAUGACAAACCCAAGGAAAAUGCUGAAACAUUUUUGAAACUUAACCGGUUUGUCUGGCCAAAGCCAAGACCAAAACCAAAAUGCAGUGUAUUGUUGUACCUACAGAUAAAGAUAAAGAAAACUUAAAACUUAAAACUUAAAAAAUAACAUAACAUAACAUAAAGAAUAAGAAAACCUAAAUUUUAACUGAUACUCGAUGUUAAAUAAUAAAUGGGAUAAGCCCGCAAGGCACGUUAGGGGUACUCAAGCGACAGCAGCUACAAAAAAACGUCAACAAAUUUUUCAGUGAGCUACUUAAACUGAUAAACAAGAACUCAAAAACUAAUCUGGUGGCACAAUUUUUUGUUUUUCUACCAAGUGUACUACAAGUUUGUCUACAUGAAAUAUAUAUUAUCAAACAAAACUUAAAAAGAAAAUGCUAAAAAAAAAAAAAUAUAUAUAUAUAUAUACAUACGUACGAGUAUUAAACAAAAUAAAACUUGAACAAAAGAGAAAAAAAUUGGAAAACUAAUGAGAAAUUUAAAAUGCUGACAGAGAUCGCAGCAAAGAAAAAUUGUUACAGAAGCAUCUACAAAAGAAAAAUGUUUAAAAUUCAAAUUAAUUACUACUAAACAAAUAAAUAAUGAUGAGCAUUAAAAUUAUAUUAGAGAUCAACGUAAAAUUCUACUAAAUGGCAUAACAACUACACAAAACCAAAGUAAAUAGGCGUAAGAAACAAAAAUAUUUAUGAAUAAAUGACAAAAAAAAAAAAGGAAACCGAAUAACAUAUACAUCCAGAAGAAAAAAAACAGAA